AUGGACUUGCGCACCAUCAUGAACACGGAGAGCGCUGGCAACUCCAGCGCUCCAUCCCAACCACAACCGUCGCCAUCUCAAGCGCCUCGCGAUUCCUCCGACCCCAUCUAUCCUCCGCGCGACCAGCUGCCAUCCUCAUCCUCCUAUCCGUCAGCCUUUCCCGGCCCUCCGCCGCCGCAACGAUCCCAUGCAUCCCCCGAGCGCUCUUCCUCCUACGGCUCUCUUCAAUCACCUUAUCAAUAUCGUCCCUCACCGGCUAUAAUCCCGAGCGCGCCAUCCCAACGAGCUCCGACCCCGCCUCCUUACGGUGCCUCCGUCUCGCGUGACUCCUUCGCGUCCGUCGCUUACAAUCAACAGCAACAACAGCAGCAGCAGCAGUCCCCCGUCGCUCAACAACGGUCGCAAUCCAUCCAGUCUGUUAUAACCCCCUAUUCUCAUUCCUCCAACUCAUUCCAUGCCAGGGAAAGUUCCCCGACAGGUGCUGCACAACCUUAUCCGUCGCAACAUUUCUCCCCUUCGGCACAAGGAUCGCUUCCCAAUACACCACGAGGGUCUGCUGCUGCUAUCUACGCCCACCAGUCGCCCCAAUCUUCUGUUCGUCCCCAAUCUUCAGGUCGUGAUUCUCUCUCCAAUCGAGCUUCCAGUCCGUGGGUGGGCCCGGAUGCUGCCGCUGCCGCCAUGCACGUGUCGCCCUCCGCCGCGGCGCGGUCGUCGCGAGCAGAAUCAAGGACAUUUGACCAGACUCCGCGCAAACACAGUUCCACCUCAGAAAGAAGGGAGUCCGACGAAAGUGUGAGCCCCAGAACUACCUUCCUCCCCGGGUCUCGCCCCGAAGCAGCUACGGCGCGUCCCGACCAGACAGCUAUGUCGCAGUCAGAACACGUUGAAAAUGGGAUCACCAUGAAAGAGGGCCAAACUACGCAGCAUUCGCCCGCACAUCAGCAACAUAUCAACAGUUCGCCCUCGUCGAGAAUGUCCAUCACAAAGGAAUCGUCCGUGGAUGAUUCAACUGCCCAGUGGGUCCAAAAAACUAGAGUGGCUUCAGACCCGAACAUCACGUCGAGCCCGCAACAGCCCAAGCGAAAACGGCGAAGACUCAACGAGCUGCCUAUCUACGCCCAAAAGUGUGCUCGCUCAAAAGGGAGAUGCCCACCAAUUCCGAAGCCACAUCCGCCUAUUCCCAAACACGCAAGAGACUCGCCGGCAAACCCCUGGAUCGUGCGCCAACGCGCCGUGUCCUCUGCGCAGGGAGCGGUGGCUGCUGUCGCUCCACCAGUUAAAGUAAAAGGGGACUCCACGCCCGUGAAUGGACCUUCGACGCCGCAGCGGCCAUCCGAACCUCCACAGGUCGGUAGCUUGGGGCCGUGGGAACCGUCUAUUACGGGAUUCAUCCCGCACGAGGAGGUCACCAAGAUCGUCGCUGAUUUCCUUUUCCAACACGUCGUGCUCCGAAAUGACGCCAUUGCAGCUCCUGCUGGGGCGGCCGCUGCGGGUCAAAUGCCUAUCAUCGAGGUGGAAGCUAAGCUGGGUCAACUCAUCGACAUGGAUCGUGGGGAGCGGAUGUUCAUGUGUGAUAAUCAAUCUAACUCCGCAAAGGCGCAACACCGAGCUAUGAACAAUUUCCUGAACGAAGCCGUGAAAAUGUCCAUGCCCCAAUCAAAUCAAGGCCGCAUCCCACUUUCAUACGCUCACAAAAAGGAAAGGGAUACAUUCUACGAAGUAUCCCCCAACGAGCUUCCGCCAGUCAUUCGACAGAACCUCAAUCCGCGUCACAAACCUAAGGUGCGAGUAACCGUCGAUCAGCGAACGGGCGAAGUCCUCGCAAAGAUCGUCAAAUGCCGCAUCGCCGACCUUGACGUACACAGCCCCCGUACCUGUGUCGACUGGCGAAUCAGCGUCAACCUCGAAAUGAGCUACGACGGCGAUGUUAGUAACCUGCCUGUCGCCGAUGGAAGGGGUGGCCGUGGCGGAGACCGGAACAAGGAUCGUAUGAGUUAUCGACAUCUAGCAUACCAGAUCGAUCUAACUCAGGUUGCGAAAUCAGAGGUGUGCACCCCUCAACAACCCGCCCCCAUAAAAAAAAAAAAACAUGACAUGCUAACAUCCCUUCCCUCACUCCAGCCCCCCGUCAAAGGCGAGUUCGAACACGAACUCGAAGUCGAGAUUUCCGCCGCCGAAAUCCGCCGCCAAGGCCAAAUGGCUAUGACGGGGGAUCCUAAAAACCAGUAUGAAGAACUCAUCAAGGGUUUCGUGGACAAUGUCCGUGUUCUGGCACGUGCCGUACCGCCAUAG